UUGUCGCCUUCUACGCAUUUACACCUCAUUCGUAAGCAGGUCGAUUAACCAUGCAUAAUAAUUACUUCCUUAUCUUUGUCGCUUUGUUGGCGUUUUUUGCCGCCAGCAAAUCGGCGAAACUCGCUGGAAAUCAGCGCAUUUUGGAAGAUGAAGUUACAGAAGUGCUUGAAUGUGUACGUGGCGUGCUUAAAACAGGCAUCGAGGAAGUUGGGUUGCCGUCAUUCGAGCCACUUGAAGUUGAGCAUCUUGUUGUGAAUGUUACGGAAUUUAACAUUAAUAAUGCAGUGGGACAUGUUACGCUUAAUACAGCUUCGAUUAGUGGUAUUACCGAUUGGGAUCUAUCGGAUCUUAAGAUAGAUGUGAAUAUUAUCGGUGGAAUUGGUGGUUCUUUGGUUGCAAACAUUGAUUUACCUAAGUUUGUGAUCAAUACUGGUUAUAUUGCGGACUUGUCCGUUUCGGGUAUUAAUAUUUUCGGUGAAGGUGAGAUCUAUAUGGAGUUGCGCCAUCUUGGAAUUGCUGCAGAUGCCAAAAUCCUGCUCAAUCGUAUCACUUUAUCUAAACUGCGCCUUUUGCCAACUCUAGGAGAUAUUAAUUUUAAAAUCACUGGUUUGUUGAAUGAUGAAGAGCACAGCGAGUUAGCCAGUCAGAUUGUUAACGAUAUUGCCGUCGACUGGAUCAAUCAAAAAUCCGAGGACUUUGCGGAUCUGAUUGAACAGUUCCUGCAAGAACUAGUCAAUGGCAGUCAAGGUGUCAAACAGCGCGAUAUUGGGGAUAUUAUUAAUGCCAUUCUGGAUAGAUGUCCAUUGUCGAUUAAAUAAAUGCAAUAAAUUAUAAAUAAAUUUUUUUAAAAGACUUA